AUGUCGAUGAGCGUCCAUUGUGGCAGGAAAGGAGUUUUUGACGUGUGUCAUUACAAGCCGUUCAAAGCACUUCAUGAUGAACGGCAUCAGUGCCACCAGGCAGCAGUCGAUGAGUCAAAACCGGUAAAGCAGAGGCGAGCACGGGCUAACUACAGCAGCUGGCAGCUGGAAGAACUGGAGAAAGCAUUCAAGGCGACACAGUAUCCAGACAUCUUUAUGAGAGAGGCCCUGGCGCUAAGAUUGGACCUGAUCGAGGCCAGGGUACAGGUUUGGUUCCAGAACCGCAGGGCUAAGAUGAGGAGGCAGUUAAAGCUGCAGGGCAGAUCCUCGGAGAAGAGCAAAGCCCAAGAGGCAAGCAACAGGGCAGAGGAGGAGAAAUGCCGCCAUCUGAGUAUCGAUGUGGUCACUGACAAGAUGGAGAAAGCCACUCUCCCCUGGCCUGAAUCCCAGGUACACCGAAGAGAGCACCUAGUUGCUCCCCUGUUCCAGACAGUGGUCCAGGGCAUCAGAGACAAUUCCAGGCCAAGCCCCAGUCCAAAGGAGAUUCGCAGCUGCAGCAUUUCCACACUCCGAGCAAAGGCGAGGAAACACGAGGCCGAAAUACACAGUGGGGCUGCCCAACUGCUUCCUGUCUCUGCAGGGACUCAAGAGACAAUUGACGAGGUCAACAAUAGUGAUUUGUAA